AUGGCCGAUGACCAGGCGGCUACGGGGGGUUUGGGGAAUCUCAAGAAUCAACCCUUCUCGUCCCGGGGAGCACAGAUGGAUCGUCACACGCUCGGCCAGGUUGUUUUGCGCCUGCAGGCUCAGUACAUCCGCUCAUCUCUUGCAAAGGAAAUCGAGGAGUUCGAGAACACUUUCGAGGAGAUUUUGCAAGCAGCCAGCGUCUUUUUGGUCACCACUCAGAGGGUUUCACAUGCUCCCUCAUUGGUGAUUGUCGACGAGGCGUCUGUGAUCAAGACUGUCUGUCAUUUUCUCGCGUCGUCGAACACUAUCCUCGAAUUCCUCGAUUUUCAGCGGCGGAAGACCGGCCUCGCUUCAGGAGGAGAUAGCUCCCUGGAGAAACAAGUCAAAGCAGCUCAGGCUUUAGUGGCGCAACUUCUCAGCGCUCUCCUGCUGCACAUGAAGUCUGAAACCUAUCCGGGAAAGGAAAGCGGCCUGAUCUACAAUGAGGACGUCAAGAUUUUCGGCGGAAUGGUUUUCCACAAGAAUGCUGAAGCUGACUACGCCGACAUCCCCGAUCCUGCCGAUGAUGGCGAAGGUCUUCUGAGGUGCAUCAGCUACUGGCACCCCGAAACCUUGUUCCACCCGUUGCGCCACGUCCCGGGCACACCUUGGCACAAAUUCUUUGGCAAUCUCCAAGUGGGAGAGACUGGCAACCCUGCCUUAUUCAGAAAGCGAAAGUCGCUCCCUGCUUUCAAGGUCAUCAUUCCCGAAACCAUCGAGUGGUUGGUGCCAGAGCUGCGGUCCAACUAUGACACCUACCGGGAAAUCUUCGAGAAUACCCGUCGCAUGCCUGGUCCACGCCUCCCGGAAUACAUCAGAAAUCGAAGGUUGUCAACUCUCUUCGAGGGCUGGAAGAGGUUCGACGACAGGAUGGAUUUGCAUCCUGAAGACAUGAGCGAUAUUCCUUGCCCGGAAUUUGAUCUCUUGGGUUUGUCGAGACUGGAGUCGCUGAAUGCUCACCUGAACGCUACGGAUCUGGCGGGGAUUUCCCUGCUAGGAGCCGAAAUCCCUCGCGUUCCAGUCAUUCUGACCGGAGAAAGCAGACGGUAUUGUCUCGAGUUUGAUGGCCAGUGGGAUGCUUAA